AUGGUGACUACUCAGGGCACCGGUCUGAACCCGAACGCCCAGGUUUGGCAGGAGGUCCCGGUCACUCAACCCGACUCCCUGGAGGUCACUGAGGACGCGGCCUGGGUCGGCUCCUACCCUCCCCCCGUUGACUUUGUUGAAGAUUACUCAGAGUUCCCGUCUCCGGAUGCGAAGGACUUUGGACUGGUCUAUCCGGAAGGCUCGGACUACGGCUCGGACUAUGACCCGUCCGCUCCGGAGGCGAUGAGCAGCACGUGCGAGUACUCGGACCUGGGAUACCUGGUGUUCGAGCCGCAGUACAACAGCGGUGGGGAGGACGAGACGGUCACCGAGAAAACUCUGUCUGAGGAAAACCUGCGCGAGUCUCUGAAGAAGCAGCUCGAGUUCUACUUUUCCAGAGAGAACCUGUCCAAGGACCUGUACCUCAUUUCUCAAAUGGACAGUGACCAGUUUGUGCCGAUCUGGACCGUGGCGUGUUUGGAGGACAUAAAGUCUCUGACCUCGGACGUGCAGCUCAUCGUGGACGUGCUCAAAACGUCUCCUCUUGUUCAAGUCGAUGAAUCUGGUGAGAAAGUUCGGCCAAAUUACAGCCGCUGCAUCAUCAUUCUGAGGGAGGUGCCCGAUGCCACUCCUGUCGAGGAAGUGGAGGCUCUUUUCAACAACAACUGCCCCAAAGCGCUGAGCGUGGAGUUCGCCCACAACAGCAACUGGUACGUCACGUUCCAGUCGGACGACGACGCGCUGCAGGCUUUGAAAUACCUGAGGGAGGAGGUCAAGGUCUUUCAAGGGAAGCCCAUCAUGGCUCGCAUCAAAGCCAUCAACACGUUCUUUGGUAAGAGCAGCUUCGCCGGUCUGGACUCCAGCGUGUUCUCGCAGCCUCAGAGCGCCAGUCCCCAGUCCUUUGGGAGUCCGGUCUUCAUCGACAUGCAGCAGGUCUACAGCCCUCCUCAGCAGCAGUACCCUGUGUACCCCGUGGUCUCCCCGUCAUGGAGCCCCACCCCAGUGCCCUACUUUGAGACCCCACUGGCCCCGUUUCAGAACAGUGGCUUCAUGAACGGUUACAGGAAUGGCAACUACAAAGGAAACUCUCUGUCUGUGAGCGGCCACCGUCCUAGAAGCAGAAACCAAGGCUACAGGGCUCACGACGCUCUGGGCUCCGCGGGGCUGGUGGAUGUGGCUAUACCUCCUCAGGUCUCUGGAGCUCCAGUCCAGCCCUCUUUGGAGCCUCUGUCCCCCACGGCCUUCCAGCACAAGGACUGCACCGUACUGCCCCCAAUGCACACCGCUGACCCACGCCUCAGGAGACCGAACCACAGAGGAAUGAGGAGGAAAAGGGAAGAUGAGCUGAAUGCCAAGCCCGCUGCAGAGGUGCUGGCGCCCGUUCUGAACUUCGAUCUGGCCGCCUGCAACUUCCCCCCUCUCCCCGGGAGCGUGGCGACGGCGAAGGAGGAAGCUGCUCUGGACGUGUGCAUGGCCGACGUGGUGCGAGGCCUCAAGGUGUCGGACAAGACUGAGAGCCACGAAAUGAAGGAAAGAAAAGAACCUAAAGAAAUGAAACCAGCAGAACGACUAGAGGAGGUCCACAUCACACCGGAUCCUCCUUCAGUGCAACCUCCAGCCGCAGUGGAACCAGAGACCUCAUGCAGCAGUUUCUCUGAGUCGAGUAAACAAGACGUUCUUGAAGUGGAUUUGCCGGUUUCAUUUGGAAGUUCAGAGGAGAUCACACUUUCAGAGGAAACUCCGGCCACAACCAGCAACUCGGUCCUCAGCACACCCUCUCCCACCACAGAACCAGAGCCUAAAAAGCUGAGCUACGCUGAAGUUUGCCAGAGACUCGCCAAAGAGCCUCCUCCGCCCGCACAGCCGUCCACGCCCUCCCCCACGUCCGCCCCAGAGUCUGCGCAGCCGCUCCAAGAACUCAAAGUGAACCGCGUCCAGGAGCCCCGCGGCCACAACCACGUCAACAAGCAGAACACAGAGAAGCCCCGAAACCAGCAGCACACGCGCCCCUUCAGAGGCCCGCAGGACUCAGACCGGCCCGGACCCAAAGGCCGCGACCGACCCAGGAACUUCAGCAAGUCCACGUACGCCCAGCGAGGGAUCAAGCGCAGCGGGAAGGAGCAGAACAUCCCUCCGUCCGCAAAAUAA